GCGAGAGUCCGCGUCGGCUUUUUUCUUCAGUGCGCGUCCAACACGACCAGGUGGCGGGUGGCGCGAUUCAAACAUCUCUUGUCCUUCCAGAUACGACGAAGACUCAUACAGAGAAGACACACGAUACGAAUCCGAUCUGGAUCAAUCAGAGACUAAACUAAUUAAAAGUGAUUUAUUCCCACGCUCACUGCUACCAGUUACACAAGACCAACACUCUUCCACGGUUCAAUUGGACUUUGUCGAAGAUCAAUCGAUAUAUAAGGUUGUCUUAAUAAUGCACAUCAUCGACACCUUCCAAUAGAAGCAGGAUUCGAACUUUUCCUACUUUUUUAAUCAAGAAUAUGAUCAUGUGGCGGAUAGUAAAUAUGAUAUAACGUAUCCGGAGAGCACUGAAGCAGGAGUAGCAGAAGGAGCAGGAGGGCUUUCUUUUGUUGUCAAGUAUAUAUAAUACAUGUGCCGUAAUAUCUGAGAAGGUGAAAUCAUGUUUCCGACGGUAUUCUACUUAAUUGCGCUUUUGGUGUAUGUGAACGUGAAUGCAGACGUGUUCGCUCAUCAGCGGACGAGGAAAAUGCUGAAUCCGAGUGUGAACCUUCGAGAGCGGAAGCCGAACAUAAUCCUGAUCCUGACCGAUGAUCAGGACGUGGAACUUGGCUCGCUGAACUUCAUGCCGAAGACUUUGCGGUCGAUCAGAGAUCAUGGAGCCGAAUUCAGGCAUGCCUAUGUCACGACUCCGAUGUGCUGUCCGUCACGGUCGUCCCUGCUCACGGGGAUGUACGUCCAUAAUCACAACGUUUACACGAACAACGAUAAUUGCUCCAGCACUCAGUGGCAGGCGACACACGAAACCAGAUCUUUUGCUACUUAUCUAUCCAACGCCGGAUACAGAACUGGCUACUUCGGGAAAUAUUUGAAUAAGUAUAACGGCUCUUAUAUUCCGCCUGGCUGGAGGGAAUGGGGCGGCCUCAUUAUGAACUCCAAAUUUUACAAUUACUCCAUCAACAUGAAUGGCAAGAAAAUUAAGCACGGAUUCGAUUACGGCAAGGACUACUACUCGGAUCUGAUAGCGAACGAUUCUAUAGCGUUCCUCCGCCAGUCGAAAAAGAAUAAUGUUAAUAAACCAGUUAUGCUGACGAUGUCCUUCCCGGCCCCGCAUGGACCAGAAGAUUCUGCCCCACAAUAUUCGCACCUCUUUUUCAAUGUUACCACUCACCACACACCUUCUUAUGACUAUGCUCCGAAUCCCGACAAGCAAUGGAUAUUGCAGAUAACGAAUAAAAUGAAACCUAUUCAUCGCGAAUUCACUAACCUGUUAAUGACCAAAAGACUGCAGACUCUGCAAUCCGUCGAUGCCGCCGUUCAAAGAGUCGUCGAAGAACUCGAAGCGCUUGGAGAACUGGAUAAUACGUAUGUCGUUUACACGUCAGACCACGGAUACCAUUUGGGUCAAUUUGGGUUGAUAAAAGGAAAGAGUUUUCCAUUCGAGUUUGAUGUACGCGUACCGUUCUUGGUACGAGGUCCAGGAGUGGAACCUGGAACCGUUGUUGACGACAUUAUUUUGAAUAUCGAUUUGGCCCCAACAUUCCUCGAUAUGGCAGGUGUAGAAGCACCUUCACACAUGGAUGGAAGAUCUGUUCUGCCUCUCUUCUUAAACUCAAAGCCGAAAAAGUACAAGUGGCCAGAUACAUUUUUGAUUGAAAGUUCAGGACGACGCGAAAAACCUGAUGCUAAGCAGAAAUCUCAUAACAAAUAUUCUGCUGCUGCAAACGUAAACUUUACCUCUACGACAGUUGUACCAACCACUUUACCAUCAUUUACGAAGUUCAUAUUGGAAGAAGUAAGUUCAAAGCCGUCAUUCGAUUCAUCGCUGGAAGAUCAAUUGGAUUUAGAAGUGGACGAACUGGAUAUAGAUGACAACGAAGAUGAUUUCGAUGAGGACGAAAUAAAUGUUGAUCAUAACAGAGAUGAGCUUUUUAGAGAAAUGCAGUUGGAUAAUCAAUUGUUACCUGUACCGGGUCCUCCGGCCACAAAAUUUCAGCGUUUAGCUGUUGAGUGUCUAAGGGAUGAGUUUAAAUUACCCUGCGUACAUGGACAAAAAUGGUUUUGCCAGAAAGAGCAUGGGAAAUGGAGGAAACACAAAUGCAAGCAGCAGCUGCACUUCCCACAGAAAACCUUCAAAAAGUGUGCUUGCUUCACUAGACAAGGAUUGGUUUAUAAGAAAAUACCAAUCAAUGCUACUCAACCAAAGAAUAACAGAUUACAAAGAAAUAAACGAUUCAUUAUUGAAAGCGAUCAAUUAUUCUCCUUAAACGAAAGCAAUGUACAUCAUUUAUCGCAUAGAGAGAAACGCGACACCUUAGAACACGUGGAUACCGUAAUGAAAAAUAUCGAAACUACUCUUAAUGGCCUACAGGCCGUUAAUGCUACAUUACCAGAGGAACAAACUGUGAAGAUCAACUUGGAUACAAAUAAAAUAUCAGAAACAACUCCAGGUUGUACUAUACUAUCAGAUGGAAAGAUAAAUUGUUCCAGUAUGAUUUACCAAGACCGAAAGGCUUGGCGACGAUCGCGUACGCAAAUCGACAAUGAAAUUCAGCGGUUGAAGCAGAAAUUGGAUAAUUUGAAAGAGAUAAGGAGACAUUUAAAACAGGCCAAACCGCACACAGAUGUCAACGACUACAAUUCAACUGAGCGCAUCGAAUUCCCAACCUUAAAUAAUAAUUUGGACAUUUCUGGACCGAAUUUCGAUUCCAAAUAUGUUAAUAUACCGGACGAUACCAUAGACACUUUGGAAAUCACUAAUCAUAGGGCUUCGAAGAAACGAAAGCGGCCUACAGUUGAUGGAGAUGAAGCACCACCUCCUAAAAGAAGGAAAAUUGUUGGUACGACACAAGAACCAAGAUUAAAUACAAAUCAUCAUCGCCAUCAACAUCACAAACAUUCUACUACUACAACAGAAUAUAGUGAUCCCAGUUCAACUGAUGCAACAACUCCAACUACUACGACUAGUACAACAACUACUACUACUACUAGUACAACAACUACUACUACUACUCCUAUUCCCACUACUUCAACUGAGACGACGACAACUUCUACAACAACGACUGAAAAGCCUUCAACUACGGUCACAAGAAAAAUCAAACAUACAACUACGACAAUCAGACCAGAACAUAGUACUCAAGACUUGUAUACUCAAAGUGAAAUUGUACCAUCAGGGACGACAGAAGAUCCUGAAAAAUCAGAAGUUGAAUAUUGCCAUUGCGAAACUGAACCAGAGCCCCACAGACCGGACGAGAGGGAGUUGGCGAGGCAAGAGCGGAAGCGCAUUAAGGAGGAGCGUCUAAAGAAAAAAGCAAGAAAGUUGCGAAAGAAGGCGCAAUUAGAAAAAGAAUGUCUCUCGGAGAAGAUUCAUUGUUUCAGACACGAUAACGACCACUGGCGCACCGCCCCACUUUGGACUUCCGGGCCGUUCUGUUUCUGCAUGAAUGCCAAUAAUAAUACUUACAACUGCUUGAGGACAAUCAAUUCAACGCACAAUUUACUUUAUUGCGAGUUCGUAACUGGUCUAGCCACCUUUUAUAAUUUAAGAAUUGAUCCGUUCGAGCUUCAAAAUCGCAUUGACCAAUUGAAACCGGAAGAACGGCAAUUCCUUCAUGAUCAAUUGCGGGAAUUGAUGGCCUGUAAAGGAAGGAGCUGCACUGUUGGCAAUUAUGCCUACGCCAAUCAACCCAAUAAAGUUAAACCGAAUUUAUUGCCCAUUCAAUCUCCGCUGCAGCGAUACAACAGAAAACGAAAAAGCGAUGAAUUUAAUCAUGCAAGGAUUCUAUCACACUCUGCACAUACCCGCGCCGAUCAUGAUCAGAACAGUAGAAUGUCGAAAUUCUGGAGGCGCCGGAAGUCGUGGGGUUGGAGACCGAUCCGGGAUAGGGAACGCAGAAAGCAUCAUCAGCAGUUACAACCGAACCGGUAUCCCAAGAAGAACUGGCAACAAUAGUGAAGUGGGUAGAAUAGAUAUGACUUUAUAGACAGCAACGAGGAAGGCAUAGCGCUUUCAUUUAUUUUUUCUUCAACUGGACAAUAUAUUUAGUCUUCUCCGUACUUCGAAUUGUACAUGUAGUGUUCAGCAAGAAACACAGGCAUUGAGAGCAGUACACAAUUUAAACCCUAAAUUAAUAUGAUCGUAUUUUAAUUAAGUUGGUGAAACAUACCACCUUUGUUAUUAUUUAAAAUGAAGAAUAUUUAUUAUUUUUAUAAUAGUUCGUUCUUAAGUGGGUAUUAAUAGUAUAUCACAGAUUAGUCGCAGACUUUAAAACUUGGCAUAAAUGUAUUUAUAUUUCGAAUACAUUCGGAAUAAAACCGAUGAAUAAGUUAUUGCACAAAAUGUAUAUAACUGAGUCUGCAUUUAUUGAUAUAUGAACCUAUUAUUACAAUGGACUGACUGAUUUGAAAUCAUAUUUAUUUCUAAUUUUUUGUUGUUUUCUGUCGGUUUAUAAAUACGAGUGGAUAACAUGUAUAAGCAAUAUCACUGUGAUCUCUAUGUAUUUUCUGUUUCACUUUGUUGUUGUAAUUAUUUAGUAUCCAAAUGCAAUAGAAAUUGCUUCUUCAUAUUUUGUGAAUUAUGCUUUGAGCUUUAUGUGUAAAUCUGAAUAAAUUUAUGUUCAAUACAAACACGAACAAAAUAAUACUGUAUCUUCCUAAUGCUAUUUUUAUAUAGAGCAUCACCAAUUAGUCACUACUUGCACUCCAACUGUGAAAGGAACUAGGAGAUUUUUUAAAAUAACAAAGAAAAUUUAUAUUAUUUAAUAUAUAUUUUUUUGGAGUGUAACUUUCAUGUGAUAUUGUAUAAUUAGAAUUAAUAAUUCUUAGACUUGUAGGUGGUUAUGUAAAAUAGCUUUUUGAAUAGGAAAAUCCAGAUAGUGUAUAAAUAUUAUAGAUUAAAAACUUUAUUGCUUGAUAACUUAUUAUUGGAACUUUUAACUUAUUUAUUUACUAUAUAUAGUUUUGUCUGUAAGAAAAGUUAGUUAAUUUUUGUAUUAUUUUUUUUAAUCAAUGAAAAUUCAUCUCGUCGCAUUUAUUUAAAUAUUAUUUAAAAAAAAUAAAAAACAUCCAAUAUUGGAACAAAUGUUAA